AUGUCUCGGUCGGAGCUUUGGAGAAGCGCCCUUGGACUUCAGCCGAAGAAGCCAAGUAGCAUUAUUGGUCUGAAAAUGCUCUCUCUGUCCGUCCUUCUCACCCUUCUUGCCACGGCAGCAGUGGCCACUCCACUUUUCAACAGCGAUAGUCAUGCCAUCAUAGUCGAGCGCGGCGACGAAGAAUGGUGGCGGGAGAGGCCUGAACUGCCAGCUCGUUUCAAGCGCCGCAAUGGCUCUCCCAACUGCGGAUCAUACAUCAACGAGCGAGGCGACUGGGACGUGCGUUUCAACCCAGGAGUGGAGUCCGGCACCGAAGAGUACAAACGCCGCUUCGACGGUUCCGACAAACGCUGA